GACGGAACCGACACAUGGAUGGAAUCUAAACAGAUCUAAGAAUCAUACUACCGACAAGAAGAAGAAGAAGAAAAAGAAAGCAUAAUAAUCAGAAGUAGCAAGUUGUUGAUACAGUAGAUAGAAUCCGAAUAUGGAUACUAAACAAGUAGAAGAAGUAUCAACACCAUUCAUCACUUCUUCAACUUCUCAUUCUAACAAACCAACUCUUCUUCUCAAACUCAUCACUUCAAUGUCACUCAUAUCAGCCAUUAUCUUCUCUCUUCUUUUCUUCUCUCUUUCCGAACCAACAACCACUUCCCGUCCCCUCAAAAAACUCCCUCAUCCCGUCGUCAUCCUCAUUUCCUCCGACGGUUUCCGUUUCGGUUACCAAUUCAAAACCCCAACUCCCAACAUCCACCGUCUCAUAACCAAUGGCACUGAAGCCAUCACAGGUUUAAUCCCUGUUUUCCCAACUCUCACUUUCCCUAAUCAUUACUCCAUCGUCACUGGUCUCUACCCUCCUUAUCACGGCAUCAUCAACAAUUUCUUCUACGAUCCAAUCACUGGUGACAAAUUUACCAUGGCAAGUCAUGAAUCUAAAUGGUGGUUAGGUCAACCUUUAUGGGAAACUGUCGUAAACAACGGUUUAUCCGCUGCCACUUAUUUCUGGCCUGGCUCUGAGGUAAUUAAAGGCUCUUGGACUUGUCCUGAUGAAUUUUGUAAACAUUAUAAUGGUUCUGUUCAUUUUGAAGAUAGAGUUGAUUCUGUUUUGGACUACUUUGAUUUACCUGUUGAUCAAAUACCUGUUUUUAUGACUCUUUAUUUUGAGGAUCCUGAUCAUCAGGGUCAUCAAGUUGGUCCUGAUGAUGAUGAGGUUACUCAAGCUGUUUCUAGGAUUGAUGGGAUUAUUGGGAGACUUAUUAAUGGCUUGGAAAAAAAAGGGUUUUUUGAUGAUGUUACUAUUAUUAUGGUGGGUGAUCAUGGUAUGGUUGCUACUUGUGAUCAAAAGCUUGUUUUUUUAGAUGAUUUAGCUUCUUGGGUCGAGAUUAAAACUAAUUGGGUUCAUUCCUAUACGCCUUUGCUUGCGAUUUGGCCGCCUAGUAAUUAUUCCUAUGCCGAUGUUGUGGCUAAGAUGAAUGAAGGGUUGAGUUCGGGGAAAGUUGAGAAUGGGAAUAAGUUGAAGGUUUUUCUUAAGGAGGAUUUGCCUGAAAGGCUUCAUUAUGCUGAUAGUGAUAGGAUUCCCCCGAUAAUUGGGUUGGUUCAUGAGGGUUAUAAGGUGGAGCAGAGUAGGACGGGUAACAAAGAGUGUGGUGGUGCACAUGGUUAUGAUAAUGAAUUUUUUUCCAUGAGGACUAUUUUCAUUGGACAUGGUCCUCAAUUUGCAAGAGGGAAGAAGGUGCCUUCGUUUGAGAAUGUUGAGAUUUAUAAUUUGAUUACUUCUAUACUCAAUAUAAAGGGUGCGCCUAAUAAUGGGUCUGACUCAUUUCCACAGUCUGUUCUUCUACCGAAUGCUUAGUAACAUUUGAAAUUUGGUAAUAGUUCUGAGUUGCUUGUGCUUGACAGUAUGUUCUUUACUCUAAGAGUGAUGUGAUGCUCAGAAAUAUGGAAGUAACAUGAGGAGGAGGAGGAGGAGGAGAUGUUGCAGAAAGAAAAGGUAUCACAUAGCUUGAUUCUUCUAGUUCUAGCCUCUAGGAUUAAACUAUUUUCAGUAUAAAUUGCUUUAACAUUUUGUAUCUGUUGCUGGAUAAAGAAUAGGUGUCAUAUUACAUGUAUUCUUGUAGGAUUAAACUACGUCCAUUUUAAUUUGAUUCAACUUAUCGUA